AUGUCUACUAUCCAAAACUUAAACUCGUUUGAUCCUUUCGCCGACACUGGUGAUUCCGAAGCUCAGCCAACAAACUACAUCCACAUCCGUAUCCAGCAGCGUAACGGUCGUAAGACUCUUACCACGGUGCAGGGAGUUCCUAGCGAGUACGACUUGAAGAAGAUCUUGAAGGUCUUGAAGAAGGAUUUUGCUUGUAACGGUAACAUUGUCAAGGAUGAGGAGUUUGGAGAGUUGAUCCAGUUGCAAGGAGAUCAAAGAGUGAAGGUUUCGGAAUUUUUGACUGGCCAGUUGCAGUUGCCUAAGAAGAACAUCAAGAUCCAUGGUUUCUAG